CCCCGCACCAAAAAAACAUCGAAAAGUAGCCACGGGCUGAACGCGAAAAGGCACGUCUCUGUACAUAUUUUCCCAAAAAUCCUGGUCUCGAAGGUAGAAUUCUUCGUAGAAAACAUGGCCCGAGGACACCAGAAAAUCCAAUCGCAGCAGAAGGCGCAGGAGAAGCAAGCCAAGAUGAAAAAACAGCAGGGCCACGGACUCAGCGAUCAGAUGAAGGCAGCCCAGAAAGCGCUCGUGUUUUCGUGCGCCGUCUGCAAAUCGCAGAUGCCCGAUCCCAAGACGUACAAACAACACUUUGAGAACAAACAUCCCAAAAACGAGCUACCGGCUGAGCUGAAGGAUGUCUAAAUGCGAGAGGCUUCGUUUACCGCACAUGUCUAACGAUAGCAUCUUCCACCUUUGCUUUCGACACCGUUUAGGAAUUAGUGGCAGUGUGGAGGUUGCGUCGCUCUUCAUUUACUCCUUUCUACUACCUUUCUAUCCAGUGCUAUGCUAACACCCGUACAUCGUCACUUCGAUCAAGAUUUUUGUGGCUUGACAAACCUGUAGGGAUCCGGUGCACUGAUAGGCAACGCGUUACUUUUGUUUCGGCUGUCCGGGUGCGCUCGCUACCAUCUUUUCUUUCCAUCCAGUGCAGCCACACUUUGAUAAUCGUAUGAUAAAUGAAUAUUCUAAUAAAACCGUUGACAAUUUUUGAA